AUGUCGCCGCCUGCCGCCGAAGACGCCGCCACGCCGCCGCUGCCCACCUCGGCCGCCGCUAACGCUGACGCACAGGUACCCGACGCCGCCCCACGGACAGCCGCCCGGGUCUACCAGGUGCCAACCGAGACCGCAGAGACCAACGACACAGAGCUGCACCGCAAAGGGGGCGGAUAUGUGAACUGGGUGCAGCUGACGCGCUCCACCGUUACGCCGCCUCCACUGCCACCAGUAAUACCGACGCCACCCCCACCACAUGGGGUGGGGACCUCGCCGCAGGCAGGGAAUGCCACGCCCGUCCAGCCCCUAUGGCACCGAGGCGGACUUGACAGCUACGACGCCGCCCCCGACGCCGCCCCCAACUGCCGUGAAGGCUCACGGGGGGUGGGCGCGAUGCAAACCGGCCGUGCUGCCACUCGCGCCGCAGAAGGCGCCAUACAACCGCCUGCCGCUGAGGGCGCCACCACACGCGCCACCUGGGGCACGCCGCCGCCUGCCGCUGAGGGCGCCAUCACGCGCGCCACCUGGGGCGCGCCGCCGCCUGCCGCUGAGGACGCCAUCACGCGCGCCACCUGGGGCGCGCCGCCGCCUGCCGCUGAGGAUGCCACCACGCACGCCACCUAG